AUGCAGCUGACAACUGAUUUAAAGGAAUUCCUCCCAGAAUUCAACAUGGCAGACUGGAUACCAUCGGAUCCGUCACCACUGCCCAAUUUGCAUGGCGGAAUGAGGGUGAAAUUUUCAUUUUCUAAUCACUGUUCCAGAUCGGAUAAUGCAAACAAACAUUUGAUUACACGAAAGCCAAUCGCUGAAUUCUCAUCAGAUGCAAAUAUCUGUUCCGGACCGAUCGAGUUAACGGGACUUGCAUCAAUGGAGAGUAUGACGUUGCCAGUGCACAUGUUGUUUGCUAAAUCGGAUUCGCAUGAAGAUCCUGGUAUUAUUUCGGUGCCAAAACGAAAUACGUUCGAUUUUAGAGGCUGUAGCCGGGAGCCAGACGAAUCAGCAAUAGCUGCGUCUAGACGAGGAACGGCAGUAUGUCACUCACCGACGAAAACAAUUACUACCACUGAAACAGGUUUGGCAACAUCUUUAUGGCGACAUCCGCAGUUGGGUUAUCAGCAGAACCGAGUGCAGCACAAUGCUGUAGAAGCCGCAUACAACGAGCACACAUGGGAUGAAUCUCUUACGUUCGCCUCGACGAACAAUCCAACGCUGGCCUUUCUUCGAACGAAUUCCACUGUCCAACAGCAGCAGCAAAGAGUUUAA